CCUGGUGAACGUCGUUUGAGUCUUCGCGGCUUAGGAUUUCCCAUCUCGAGAGGCUCUGGUACCUACGACCAGGACAUUACCAUUAUCGAUCGGAAAUCGUCUGUUAACCAGGAAACAGGAAGAAAAGUACCUAACCUAGUAGCCCUACCUGCUAUAUCUUUUGCGUACUAUCUAUCCCGUCACGAAGCCCUCUGGGACGAAUUCCGAAAUGAAUUCACGUGAGGGUAGAAUAAAUUUGACUACCAGGUUACACGAGUGACGUCUACGCCACGUAUGCCAACCUUUAUAUUCCAUUGUAGGAUACGGUCUUCCAGCCAUUUUGUCCAUCUCCAGUCACAUUUCCUUUUACCCUGAUUACCAUAGCAAAGAGCCACGAUAUUCACUUUUUUAUAGCGACUGUAUACAUGGUCUCCGGUAUACACAGAAAGACACACAAUGCGGUAAAAUCCAAAAUCGUUAUGCAAGAACAGAAGUAACGGAGGUUGCGAUAACGUUACUGUAUACCGAGAACGUGAUUACGUUUCACGAAUAAAAAGAAACGUCAGUAGCAAUAUGUAUGUCUGUAUAUAUAUAUAUAUAGAACAGGGGAUAACGUAGCCUAUUCAAAAUACCACGUGCGUUAGUUAAUAGCGAGAAAUUGGUGAAACUGAGUUCCAGUACCAUAUUGGGAAUACUAAUUACAUUAACGCAAAGCAUAUAGCUGGUAUUAUCGAUAGUCAUGAUUAAAUAGAUUACGUAACGUUACCAAAUCUCAUAUUGGAUUGGUUAGUUCACUGCUCGUACAUCCAUGAUGGGAAUUGAUAGAAGAGUCCAAAUCUGAAUUUUCAAGGGUGAACGAGACGACGGGAUUGUUAACCUUACGAAAAGUGCCGUCCUUACUUCUAAAGUCAAAUGGCUACGUGCACCGUACGGAUAUCAAAUCUUUUGUAUCCUUUUCUUUUUUUUCCACUUGUCAUUUUUCAACAGUCCACAACGGUCUGAGCGCAUAGAGAUUACACAGGAGAUUCAAGGCGUUUCUCGAUCUCCGGUUGUGCGGUAGAGGCGCUGCAGUCGCUUCCGUUUUCAUAGCACUCAGCUAUUUACGGAAUUCUAGUAUGCAGCGUAGUAGCAGCAGCAUCGAUAGGAAAGGGCGAGUGAAUUGCGUCGAGUACUAGAGAUCUUCAGAUUGGCAUUCCGCGUGGUGGCAAGCUUAUAUUUAAAUAUUAUUUUACGUGAAUUUUUCAUCGCCUGCUGGGUACCUGCUAGCUUUUAUUUUUUGGACUCUUUCUAUCCCGAGACCGAAAGGGAGCAUCGACGCCGAUAGAGACUGAAGAAUGAUUUUCCUGGUUAGCGCUGGAUUUCACGAGGUCAGAGAUGCGAAUCUAUAUAGGGAAGAGCGAGUUUUCCUUUGUGAAAAAUUGCAGCUUGACGCUCAAUGACCUUUUAGAAUCGAAUUGAACCCUCGCUUUAUCAGCUGCCAAGAGAUAUCGUAGGACUACAGAAGGCGGUACGGGAUUUGACGUUUUCUUCUUCUUCUUCUUCUUUGACUUCUUUCCGCUAUCGCCAAGAUAGGAGACCCACCGAGAGACCACUUUCUAUAGGUUGUUCCGUGUAUACGUAUAUAAACGUUGUUUCGCCCAGUCUCAAGAUAGAUUCUGAGAACCUCCAAGCAGAUCGGCGUUUCGCAUUGCAAUGCCGAUUAUUUCCCUAUAUACAGCCCGAAGCCCGAAAACUUUUUCGAAAGCUACUCGAACAAGGUACCGACUGAUUCCAUUCGUUUUCCGACGUAUAGAAAGGAGCUCCUUGACGUACUGGACUUUCGGAACGGUCGGUCCUUUUCACGUGUGCCAAAGUGACUCGUAUUAUGGGCACCUACGAUUGUUAGAAAAAGGUCGGAAACCCGAUCCUAAAUGUCGAUAAGGUAGACACCUUGCCACUGGGAUUUCAAGUAAGCUUUUUUCCUUCUCCUUUUUUUCUCCCACACUCGGCAUACUUCACCAUACGGAGCAAGUCCCAGGGGUUUCCGAUCACGGCCUCGCAUGUCCACAUAUGCUUAUAAGCUCAUACGUUCGGCGUCUCGCGUGCUUUAGCAUACGUCGAAUAACCUCAACAGAUUCGCUCGUGUAAAUAUUCGGCUGAACGCGUCUCGAACCUUGAAUUUUCACGACUCUCCGUACGUUACAUAUCGAUUCCGUCAUCUUCACGUUUCAUCUAUCAGCUGGCGCGUGCUUGGAAAACACGAAGAAAAAAAAUUUCAAUUACCAACCCACAAAGCUGUCGGACCCGCUCUUCCAGACGCUAUCGGCUAACGUUAUCACAAAUCUUCGCCAUACUUGACCAACUGCCUAUGAUUUCGUUGCAUCAUUACCGAUCCCUCUGGAUCUAAUUUACAGGCAUGACUUGCCUUUAUUCGCAUGAGAAGUGACUCGCGAAAAUGGUUAAUCGCGUCCGCUCGAGCGUCGCCCCGAACCCGCAGACAAUAAGCCGGCGCCUACGUAAGAGUUUACCACGUGAUACCGACUGCCAACCAAAGAACAAUGAACACGUGGAGUCGGCCGAAAGGGAAGUAACCCUCUUACCAUGAGAAAAUACAAGGAACAACAGAUUUCAGUGCGGGUAUAUAUACGCCGAAAGGAUGAUUCGCGACUGUCUGGUUUUACUGUGCUGGCUGUGCACGGUGAACGGUAAAAUAGGUUACUUCUGGCACAUUACCGACAUCCACUACGACCCGAGAUAUUCAACUCAUGGAAACACAGGAAGCAUGUGCUGGAACACAAGGAGCAAUAUAGACAGUGGACGCAUUCGAUCUGACCAAAGGCCUCCUGGCAUGUUCGGGGAAUAUAACUGUCAUUCGCCAUGGGCACUUAUCGAAUCAGCAGCACAAGCUAUGAGGGCAAAACACGGCGAAGGAAUUGAAUUCGUCUUAUGGACCGGGGACGCUUUAUCUCACACGGCAGGAAUGAGCGAGGAAUUACGUAUUCAAAGCCUGAAAAAUCUUACCGAUCUUCUCUCUCAUACGUUCACCGGCCAAUUCAUAUUUCCCGCUCUGGGCCACGAAGACACGGGCGUCAACUUCACGCAGAUUGCCCAUCUCUGGCGCCACUGGCUGCCGAACGAAGCUCUUGUCACUUUCAAGAAAACUGGAUUUUACACGAUCGAGCAGCGCUCGGAGAAUUAUCACAUCAUAUUUCUAAAUACAAAUCUUUGGCUGAGCACUUCGUCCAUAAUUGAUAAUCGCGUACCUCAACGUAACGGUGGGCAAGUGAUCGAUCAUUCGGCCGAUCCAAGUGGGCAAUGGACGUGGCUGGAGAAUAAUCUGCGGAAAGCACGCAUCAAAGCGGAAACCGUAUACAUCGUGGGUCACACGCCGCCGGGCGUUUACGAACGCGAAGGCGGAGCCAGCGCUUUGCACGAGAAGCACAAUAAAAGAUAUAUCAGACUCGUUCGCCAAUACUCCGACAUUAUUCGUGGACAAUUCUUUGGGCACUGGCAUUCCGACACCUUUCGUGUAAUCUACAGCGACACCGGCGUUCCGGUUUCCUGGAUGAUGAUGGCGCCUAGUUUAACGCCCAGCAGUCCGGGCGGUCCAAAUAAUCCCGGGUUACGUCUGUACAAGUUCGAAACUAAUACCGGACAGGUUCUAGAUUACAAGCAAUUCUAUUUGAAUCUACCGGACGCCAAUUCCGCCGGCAAAGCAAAUUGGAUUACCGAAUACUCGAUGCUGGCGCAUUACGACCUAAAGGAGAUAACUGCCCUCAGUCUUCAUGAUCUCGCCGACAGAUUCACGCAAUCGUCCGACAGUGCGUUCGUCAGAUAUUACGCAGCGAACACGGUCUCGCUGCCACGCGAAGUCGAGGAAAUCUGGGGCUGCGGCGGUGCGCUCAACGGAGCUUGUGCAUUGCGCCACUACUGUGCGGUGACCCGUCUGAAUCCUGACUCCUACAGGGAUUGUCUCUCCUCUUACGCCGACGCCCUUGCAUCGGUCGGAUCGCAAAGAGUGAGCCCGCUGCACUACGUGCCCUACCUGUUGACCACGUGGCUGGCAUGUCGGUAGGGGAAAGAGUAAGGGGUACCUCGCGCGCUCGAAACUAGCUAAUAUUAUUAUUUAAUGUCGAUAAGUUGGUUUUUUAUUUUUUCACUCAACUUAUAAAGGGGAACAUAACACACGUCACGUAUAGACUGAAAGGAUGGUAAAAAACGUUUUAUACGGAAUCUUACGUACCGACAGCUGUUUUUUUUUUUUUUUGGCGUAUACCACUGUUAUCAAUUUUCACGUUCUUGUGGUUGUUUUUUAUUUAUUAUUUUUUAUACUUGAUUCGGUCACGCAUUACCUCUGUAUAUAUUGUCCCUGGCAACGGCAAUAAAGAUUAUUAUGAUUAUCGUAAGUCGCGCAUACGUGUCGUCGAUUACGAGCGUGACGACGAUAAUGAUGAAUAAUUGUCUUUCGAAUUUUUUUAGUCCUACGCGUUAUUAUUACCUUUUUUUUUCUUAUUGUCGUUGUAUCUCGUGCUAUAUAAAUUGUAAGGUCAAGAUACGCGCUACGAACGUUAAUUGUAAAUCUUUCGACGGGAUCGUCUAAUGUAUUAGCAAUUAUUAGUGAUAACGAACGAUGCGAUUACACGUGUAUUCGUUUCAACGGUUCGCAUCUGUCAAAGUGGAACUGUUAGAGGAAUAAUUCUGUCUUUUUUUUUCGUCAUUCAUCUUCGCACCCCUUACGUGAACACGUGACCCGUACCACGUGACGAUCCUGCAAUAGGUACUUGCCUGUGCUUCCUUAAAAUACAGCGAGUCGGAAUUAGAUGAGAAUUUACGAGCGAACUGAAAGCUUAUCGAUUACGUAAUCAAGGAGGAAUUGAAUUUUACGCUGCAAUGAGAAAACAAAAAUUUGUUUUAAUUAUACCGAAAAAAAAAAAUCAGCAUCCACAUCUACGGUCCAGCCGCGCAGUACGUUUCAUACCCGUGGGGGGACUCCUGUACGUUGUAUUACACAGAGAGUUGGCACCUCGAUAACGAAAAACGAUCGCGCGGCUCCGUCGUGGACGCUUUGAUCGAUGUCGAUAAAAUCAUCAUAAAUUUCCAAGUCACUUUUGUCGUUCAGCCUUGUAUUACGGAUAUCCUGUGUCUAUUCGCGAUCACGUGCGUAGGUACAUAACCGUACGCGUGUCAGGCUGUGUCUGCGUAAUCCUCAGUGAAAUAUGCGACGGAACGAUAAAGCAUGAAUUUCACGAGGGACCGUAAAGCCGCAGGAGAGACAGAGACAGAGAAGAGAGAGUGAGAAGUCAAUAGCAGCCGUUUAAAAAGAAAAAAAAAAAAAAAUACAAAACCCAAAAAAAAAAACAUUAUUCCAAAAAGAAGAAAAAAAAUGAUGAAAAUAAAAUAAAGCGUGUCGUUGUCGUUAAGCUAAUAAUGUAAUCUAUCCUGUAUAUGUAUGUACGAUUAAGAGACCUUAGUUUCUUACGUCGCGUUAAUUAAGCGUAAAGACAUCGUAAUGCAUAAGCGUGUCGUAGCGACGGCUGCAGGAAGUCACCUGUACAGGCGAUUCUCGAAUGAUCGUCAAUUCGCCGUAUCGUUCGGCCUAGUUGGCGCCGUUUAACGCCGAUCGACUGUCAUCGACUACGUUAAAUGGUCGGAAUCAAAUUAGUACCGACACGUUUCCACGCACGUACGUGCUAUCAUAUCCCCACAGUCAUUUACCUUGAGCACCGUGAACCCCUGACCCCGAUCCCCGAUCACGCUCAUCGUCAUACAAUCAUUUUGCCGAAUGACAGAGGAGACGCCCGUGUAACGCGACGCCAGGCGUCCGACGUGCAUUACGUGAUAUCACUGUGGAAAAGCCGCGUUCUCACCGAACCGCCAACAGUCGUCGGGCCGUUUGACACGUGAUCGCAAUGCGAUCUCUGUAAAGUCCCAAUAGAAUCGUCAUCCGCUAUCGAUCGACAUGGUUAAUCUCGUGGCAUUGAAUUUUACAUGAAAAUUAAUGAUAAGGAAUACCAAAAAAAAAAAAAAAAUGUACGUGAAUUUAUCAUCGGCCGUAAAAGCCAAUCGAUUAAUUUUAGAA